CAGACCGACACUUUUUCCUCAUCCACACUCACUCGACUGUAAUGGCUGCCUCAGCUCUGUCCCCUUCGAGCUCUCCCCGACUCCCUAGUCCUCCCCCGAUCGCCGAAGACCAGCUUGGCCCUAAAUCCCCCAUCGCGCAAACGGAAGAACAACAAAAGCUAUGGCAGAGUGUAGAUCAUGGCGCCGCAAGGAGGAUACGACCGGGCACGAAGGCGGCCGAUAUGGCAGAAGGACCUCCGUUGGUUGACCUGUCAGAGAUUGACUCGGCCUUCCAAUUGACAGAGCACCUAAAAGCACUCCAUAACUUCCUCACCCACCCUACCGGCACGAAUACUACAAUACCAGUGGAUAGGGAGACGGCACUCAAGCUUGCGCAGCCGCCAGAGAACGUCGACAAGACACUGUGGCUCUACGAACUCUGUCGUUUCCUCACCCAGAAAGUAAAUUCAAUUAUAGUGGCUCUCUUCUUUGACACUCCGGCUUGCUCUGCUGCUACAUGCCCCGAGAUGCGCGCCUCAGAAUGGCAAUACUUAUGCGCCGUCCACGACCCUCCAAAAUCCUGUUGCGCCAUCGACUACUGCUGCCACACAUUAGACAAUGCUGCCAAUACCCUCACCUCGCCAAAGACCUUCCCGUCACGGCUGUCGCUGGGCGCCGAGCCAAAUGUCCAGCAUCAGCAAAUCCGCCAGCUGACAAACAUCUUUAGGAGGGUAUAUAGGAUUUUCGCACAUGCGUGGUUCCAGCACCGGGAGAUGUUCUGGAAGGUUGAGGGUCGGACUGGGCUGUAUAUUUUCUUCAAGACUGUAUGCGACGUCUAUGGGCUGAUCCCAGAGGACAACUAUACCAUUCCCUCGGAAGCGGAGGGCAUUGAUCCCGCGGCAGACGCCACCCCGGUUACUGCGCCUAUGGUUCUUAAGAGACCCCAAGAUCAGGAAAAUACCUCCGUAAUCGAAGGCGUUUCCGACCAUGGGCUUUCCACCGCUGGCACCACGAAACGGCACCGCCACUCGCCCUCUGUUGGUGCUACAGCUGUGACGACGGUUGUAGAGGAGAAUGAAGAAGAGGAGCAACAGUUAACGACAGAGGACCCGAAAGACCUGCUUCCUCAGGUGGAGACACCAAGCGCGAUCUCUAACCCCGCCGAGGACUCCACAGUAAUAGAGCAACCGACGAUAGGCGAGAAGGGCGAUGAAGCCCCGGAAGUAACCGGAUCUCUGCCUGCUCCAGAAACCGCCCAAGUGCCUGAAGAAACCGAAAAGCAAAGCGGAAGCGCAACAAAACAAGAUGAAGUUGAAGCCGUAGAAGAGAAGGCGAGUGAAGCUCCUGAUGAGCCAGUGGUUGCACCCGAGACAGAAAACGUCCCAGCAGAGAGGGCGGAGGAAAAGGCCGAGGAGGAGACAAGCUCAGCGGAGCCGGAGAAAGCAAAGAAGGACGAGCCUGCUGUCGAUCUAGACAUGGCUGGUGACGGAAAUCAACCGGGGGAGAAACUAGGGUCUGACGAAUAGCUGUAGGCGCAGCCUACAAAGAGCAGUGCAGCUUUUGUAAUUUUAACUUGACCAGCGUUAAUGGCAUUGUGAUUG